AUGUUUCUGUUCAGAAGAAGUGAAACAAUUCUACAGUCACUGGCACCAGGUGAAAUGGACACACACAGAUUCUGCUGUUCGAUCUGUCUGAAUCCACUCAAGGAUCCGGUGACUAUUGGCUGUGGACACAGCUACUGUAAGAGCUGUAUUAAAACUGUCUGGGACAACAAGAGUUGGAAAAGAAGCUACAGCUGCCCUCAGUGUAGACAGACCUUCCUACUGAGGCCUGUCCCGGUGAAAAACACCGUGUUAGCAGAUCUACUGGAGGAGCUGAAGAAGACUGGACUCCUAGCUGCUCCUGCUGAUCACUGCUAUGCUGGACCUGAAGAUGUGGCCUGUGAUGUCUGCACUGGGAGAAAACUGAAAGCUCUCAAGUCCUGUUUGGUUUGUUUGGCCUCUUAUUGUGAAAACCACCUCCAGCCUCAUUUUCAAUCACCUCCAUUUAAGCUGCACAAGCUGGUGAAUCCCUCGGAGAAGCUCGAAGAGAACAUCUGCUCUCGUCACAAUGAGGUGAAGAAGAUGUUCUGCAGCACUGAUGAGCAGUGUAUCUGUUAUCUCUGCUCUGUCUAUGAAUAUAAAGCAGAAGCAGAAAGGACUGAGAGGCCGAGAGAGCUCGGGCUGAUGAGACAAACAAUUCAUCAGAGAGUCCAGGACACAGAGAAAGACGUGAAGCUGCUUCAACAGGAGGAGGAGGCUGUCAACGGCUCUGCUGAUAAAGCAGUGGAGGACAGUGAGGAGAUCUUCACUGAGCUGAUCCAUCUGCUGGAGAAAAGAAGCUCUGAUGUGAAGCAGCAGAUCAGAUCCCAGCAGGAAACUGAAGUUAGUCGAGUCAGAGAGCUUCAGAAGAGACUGGAGCAGGAGAUCACUGAGCUGAAGAAGAAAGACCAUGAACUUAAGCAGCUCUCAGACACAGAGGAUCACAACAAGUUUCUACACAACGACCCCUCUACACACUCAUCCAGCAUCAGGAUCCGUCCUCUGAGGAACUUUGAGGACGUGACAGCAGCUGUGUCACAGGUCAGAGGUCGACUACAGGACAUUCUGAGUGAGACAGAGUUUUUACAGAUUGUGUCUCAAGUGGAUGUUUUACUGCCAAAACCAGAGACCAGAGCUGACUUCUUAAAAUAUUCACAGGAAAUCACAUUGGAUCCAAACACAGCAAACAGACAUGUGUUAUUAUCUGAUGGAAACAGAAAAGUAACACAUAUGAGACAAGAACAGUCUUAUUCUUAUCACCCAGACAGAUUCACUGAUUGUUGUCAGGUCCUGAGUAGAGAGAGUCUGACUGGACGUUGUUACUGGGAGGUGGAGAUGGGGGUGGGGCCGGGGUGGGGAGCAGUUGGUGUAACAGUCACAUACAAGAAUAUCAGUAGAGCAGGAGAUUCACUUGAAUGUAGAUUUGGAUUCAAUGAUAAAUCUUGGUCAUUAUCUUGUUAUAGAAACAGUUAUACCUUUCAUUACAACAGCAUCAUGACUCCAGUGUCAGGUCGUCGGUCCUCCAGAGUAGGAGUGUACCUGGAUCACAGAGCAGGUGUUCUGUCCUUCUACAGCGUCUCUGACACCAUGACUCUCAUCCACAGAGUCCAGACCACAUUCACUCAGCCUAUCUAUGCUGGAGUUAAUGUUCAUUGUUAUGGAGACACAGCUGAGUUCUGUGCUGGGCAGAUAUUCACGCACCCACCUUCUCCAAAACAGGUCUGCGAGGUGAUGAGUUUGCUUCCAUCUGCGGCAAGAAGUGAAACAAUUCUACAGUCACUGGCACCAGGUGAAAUGGACACACACAGAUUCUGCUGUUCAAUCUGUCUGGAUCCACUCAAGGAUCCAGUGACUAUUGGCUGUGGACACAGCUACUGUAAGAGCUGUAUUAAAACUGUCUGGGACAAAAACAGUUGGAAAAGAAGCUACAGCUGCCCUCAGUGUAGACAGACCUUCCUACUGAGGCCUGUCCUGGUGAAAAACACAGUGUUAGCUGAUCUACUGGAGGAGCUGAAGAAGACUGGACUCCUAGCUGCUCCUGCUGAUCACUGCUAUGCUGGACCUGAAGAUGUGGCCUGUGAUGUCUGCACUGGGAGAAAACGGAAAUCUCUCAAGUCCUGUUUGGUUUGUUUGGCCUCUUAUUGUGAAAAACAUCUCCAGCCUCAUUUUCAAUCACCUCCAUUUAAGAAGCACAAGCUGGUGGAGCCCUCGGAGAAGCUCCAGGAGAACAUCUGCUCUCGUCACGACGAGGUGAUGAAGAUGUUCUGCCGCACUGAUGAGCAGUGUAUCUGUUAUCUUUGCUCUGUCUAUGAAUAUAAAGCAGAAGCAGAAAGGACUGAGAGGCAGAGAGAGCUCGGGCUGAGGAGACAAACAGUCCAGCAGAGAGUCCAGGACACAGAGAAAGACGUGAAGCUGCUUCAACUGGAGGAGGAGGCCGUCAAUGGCUCUGCUGACAAAGCAGUGGAGGACAGUGAGGAGAUUUUCACUGAGCUGAUCCGUCUGCUGGAGAAAAGAAGCUCUGAUGUGAAGCAGCAGAUCAGAUCCCAGCAUGAAACUGAAGUGAGGCGAGUCAGAGAGCUUCAGAAGAGACUGGAGCAGGAGAUCACUGAGCUGAAGAGGAAAGACCAUGAACUUAAGCAGCUCUCAGACACAGAGGAUCACAACCAGUUUCUACACAACUACCCCUCACUGUCACCACUCAGUGAAUCUACACACUCAUCCAGCAUCAGGAUCCAUCCUCUGAGGUACUUUGAGGAUGUGACAGCAGCUGUGUCACAGGUCAGAGGUCGACUACAAGACAUUCUGAGUGUUUUACUUCCACAACCAGAGACCAGAGCUGACUUCUUAAAAUAUUCACAGGAAAUCACACUGGAUCGAAACACAGCACACAGAGGUCUGUUAUUAUCUGAGGGAAACAGAAAAGCAAGACGUAUGAGAGAAGAACAGUCUUAUUCUUAUCACCAAGACAGAUUCACUGAUUGUUGUCAGGUCCUGAGUAGAGAGAGUCUGACUGGACGUUGUUACUGGGAGGUGGAGGUGAAGGUGAGAGGAGCAGUUGGUGUAGCAGUUACAUACAAGAAUAUCAGCAGAGCAGGAGACUCACAUGAAUGUGGAUUUGGAUACAAUGAUAAAUCUUGGUCAUUAUCUUGUUAUAGAAACAGUUAUACCUUUCAUUACAACAGCAUGAAGACUCCAGUGUCAGGUCGUGUGUCCUCCAGAGUAGGAGUGUACCUGGAUCACAGUGCAGGUGUUCUGUCCUUCUACAGCGUCUCUGACACCAUGACUCUCCUCCACAGAGUCCAGACCACAUUCACUCAGCCUCUCUGUGCUGGAGUUUCGUUUUGUUAUGGAGACACAGCUGUUGUUUUCUAA